AUGCUCAACCCAGGCAAAAACCACAUUCGCACGUUGGCACUCUGCAACUCACGAGUAGUGCUAGAGGGCCCUACGGCGGCAGAGAGAGGAGAUUUGUACCUGAUCUUCCUGAUCGAACACUCGAAUCCAGCAGAGCAUCCGGCGUACGUGGAGCCGUGGCUUCAUGCCCUCGCCGACAAGGGUCUUCUCUACGACCCCGAUCUGGUGGAUAUAGAGCACAUCCGCAAAUUGGAAACCCCGGACGCGAAGACCUUUGCCCGCGAAAAGGGCCUGUUAGACUAUACCUACCUCCUCGGAGCGUGCGAAUCCGUUGAUACCUCAUACACCGUGAUGCUUGAGAAUGAUAUUAUUGCUCUUGAUGGCUGGUAUCACCGGACUAAAAACGCUCUGUCUGUUGCUGAACAACAGACCAUCGAAGAGGGUGUAGACAAGUGGUUAUACCUUCGACUCUUCUACACCGAACAAUUCCUUGGAUGCAACUCGGAAGCAUGGCCCACCUACCUCUCGUCUUCUCUCCUUGGCACACUGGGAGUGGUGGCCAUAGCAACGGCUAUCUGCCACUGUCGCCCGGCUACGACUGCAUACCUUCCAAACAAAAUAAUUGCCCUCCUCGCAUUCGUCAUUACUCCUCUCCUGAUUAUCCUCUUCUUUGCUGCUGGGCGGAUCGCAAUGCUCCCAAUGCCUGCCGGAGUGCACGCGAUGCCCGAGUUCGGCUGCUGCUCUCAGGGGUUGGUCUUUCCACAGGUCCGCAUCGGAGAUUUGGUAUCCUGGUACGAGUCUAAGAGAAUUAGGUACGUCGACAUGCUUACCGAAAGCUACUUUGAUGAGAACAAAGAGAUACGUCGGGCAUUGACUCCUAGUGUACUGCAGCAUGUUGGGAGCAAGAGUUCGAAGACGAAUUUGCCGGGGGAACACAAACACCGACUGACGUGUUACGAAACAAUCUGGAAUUUCAUGUUUGAAGAAAAUGAUAUUGAGCAGUUACGCUGGGAGCAUAAACAGCAGACCGAAGCAGAGGUAUAA